AUGGAGCAUCCGUACAAUCAAAUUCUCUUGUUUGGAGACUCGAUUACUCAGUUCAGUUUUGACACAGAACUUCGCGGCUUUGGUGCAAGCCUUGCCAACGCUUAUCAACGCAAAGUCGAUGUUGUCAACCGUGGAUUUUCAGGAUAUAACACUGAAUGGGCAUUGCCAAUCCUGCGUCAGCUUCUACCCACACUUGAGAAACAAAAACAUACGUCCGCCAAAGUAUUGUUGGCCACCAUCUUUCUGGGCGCGAACGACUCGGCGUUACCAUUUGCUUUGCAACAUGUUCCGCUGGACAAGUUCAAGGCCAACCUCAAUGCGAUGCUCUCUAUGAUCCAAUCGCCUGACUCGUCUACGUAUAACCCCGAGCUACGCUUGAUACUAAUCACACCCCCACCGCUCAAUGAAGUACAAUGGAAAAAGCGCUGUGAUGAUCAAGGCGGACCUCUAAACCGGACAUGGGAGUAUUCGAGAGAUUAUGCACAGGCCGUGCGCGACGUGGCGCAGGAACACAAAGUUGUUGUUGCGGAUUUGUGGCAAACGUUGAUGGAUUUCGGUACGGAUCAUAUGGCCGAGUAUCUUUUGGAUGGUUUGCACUUGAAUGCAAAAGGAAAUCAGGUCAUGUAUGAAUUGUUAAUCGAAACGAUCAAACGACAUUUCCCCGAAAUUCACCCUGACAACCUUGAAAUGGAGCUGCCAGGCUUCCGAGACCUUCCAAGAGAAAACUUUGAUGACUUGUUACAGUUCCGUCUGUUGAGAAAAUAA